CACACACACACACACACCCUCUGUCCCAGCUACCGUGCCUUUGGAACUCAGUGUUCCCUGUUACUUUUUCACGGUUUCAGACAGUCUGUGUCUGUGUUUGUGCUCAGUGUUAGUCCGGUAAAGUCCGCUCUGUGCUCCGCUCUCGUUGGACGGGUUGUGCGCUAAUGAGAGAAAAAGUGCGCACUCAGCGUUUGUGCAGCCGCGCUCCUUGCCUCUAGCUGUGUCUUCACUUUUAACGAGCCUCUUUAUUCAGGGAUGGAGUUCCCCGUGGAUCUCCUGGCUGAUGUCAGCCAGGUGGAGCUGGAACAGUCGGCCCACAACUACAUAAACAACCUGCUCUACAGCAACCCUGAUUUACCUGAACACCUCAUCCUCUCGGACUCUACCCAGGUCACCAUAAACAUCUCUAGUGUGGGCUUCACCCCCCUGUAUGGACUGAGUGAUAAACAUAAGAUCCUGGCCCUGUUCUCGCCCAGUGACCCAAUGACUGCUGUGGCUCUGUACCUGCUGGACCAGUGGUGGACAGUGGACGACAUUCUCAAGACAGCAGACCCUGAUCGAGAUGGAGCGAUGGAGGUGGAGACUCUAGGAGAGAGAGUAGUUUUGUACAUCCUUAAUCGUAUCAUCUAUAGAGCCAAGGAGAUGACCUCUGAGGAGCUUCCCUUCCUCUGCCAUGGAGAAAAAGAUUGUGCAAAGAUCCUCUGGAAUAAAGGAGAGGCUGUUGGCUUCUACUCAGUCAAACCCUCAGGCAGCAUCUACAAUUCCUCUUCAACCAGAAGCUAUCUGCUCCCUGUCAUGGACUCCAUAUUUGUCAGAAAAUGUCAUCGUGGUAAAGGCUUUGGCUUCCAGAUGCUGGAGGACUUUGUGCUCAGUUCCCAUGAGGACUGUCUGGGGUUGAGGUACCCCCUCACCAAAUCCAUGUAUAAAGUGUGUCAGAAGUACCUGUGUCAGUACCCGGAACACACAGACCUGCUGUGGGAGGUAGAGAGCAUAGGUGGGCCCAGCCAGAGGACCAAUAUAGCCAGAAAGAUCCAGGCCAUGGAUCUGAGUGCAGUAUCCAAGAGUCUCGUAUUCACGGAGGAAUCAGUUGUGAUUACUGAGAUGACUGAAACGGAUGUGGUGAUGGAGGCAAUUCCCACACAAAUAAAAGAAACUGAAUCUGUGGAAUGCACAGUUGACAUUGUGGAGGAAGUGACAGUACGGAGAGCGACCAAAGUUUCAGAGGCUGAAUUGCCUGUUGCAGCCCGGGGAAGGAGUGGUGGUUCAAAAAGAAGGAAUGUGGAAGAAAGGAUCACAGAGGAAAAGUCUGAAAAAAUUAUCAGAAUCGAGGAUAUUGAAGCAGAAACCCCAAGAGAUGAGCAACUUGGUGCACAACAGAAGACAGAACUGAACGAUGGCUCCGAGUUGGUGCAGACUGAGGGUAUGUUUAGUAUUGGAGAAGAUGUUGUUGAUACUGCACCUAAAGAAGCAGCUACAGCUACUAUCUCAGACACACCUGCCACUGUCCUACCAUCUCAAGACCUAGAAGAAGAUGAUGUUACUGCAACACCUACGACUGUGAAGCCACAAGUAGAAGAUGAUCUGAACACUUCGCAUGACUCACAGAUAACAGUUGAGAAUGUGGCAUCAGAAAUUGAGGAAGCAGAAGAAGAGCAUAAGGAGGAAGACUCUGCAGUGCUGGUAGCACAACACGUAGUAAGUCUAUCAACACAUGCAACAUCAGAGGGUGGUGAGGCUGGAAAAACAGGAAGAGCCGUUGUUAAGGCCAUAAAAAUUGUACAGAGUGAAACCCCCAGACGGAGAUCUCAGCGCCACAGAAAGCUAGAGGAGGAAAUUACAGCCCAGGAUAGAGGGAGAGUUUUGAGAGCAAGGACUGUUAUGAGCACUGCCACGCCCAAACGCAAUUCUACACGACACAGCCAUAAAGUGAAUGAAGAAUCAGAGAAAGAGGUUGAUGUGGCAGAGGAGAAUAAUGUUUCUUCAACUGAAGUAUUGGAGGAAUUAACCGUAACUGGGGGGAAAGAACUAGAAGAAAUUGCUUCCAUAAAAGAGGAUGUAACUACUGUGGAAGAAUUAAAAGAGGAAGUAAAGCAACAGGUGGAAGAUGAAGAGCUGACAAGUGCAGAGGAGACAGAGAAACAAGAGGAGCCUGGGGUGAAAGACACUGUAGUGAAGGGGAGUUCCACAGAGCUGCCAGAUACAGCAAAGAAUGCUCUUACAGAGGUAAAUGUGGAUGAAAAAGUAACAGAUGAGUCUGAGAAAGAACAAAAGGGUGAGGAGGUAGAAAAAUCAGUGGUAGAGGAUAAACAACAGGUCUCUGAUGAUGAGAUAGAGGAGCCUCCUGUUGUACAGAAGAGAGCUUCAAGAGGCAGACGUAAAGUUACUCCUAAGUCCACACAACAAAGCGAGGGACAUAAGAAACAAGAGGAAGAGCGUACAGAUGAAGCUGACCUGGGAGCAGGAAGUGCUGCUAGUGAAGAGAAAGCAGAUGAGAAAGCAAUGGACAAACAGAUGGAGGAGGAGACUGUUGACAAAACAGAAGAAAAUAAAUCCACUGAGGAAUUAACUGUUGUGGAAGAAGGUACAAAGGCAGAGGAACCAGCAGAGGAUGUUACACCUUCAACUGAGGUGAAAGUGGAGGAGUGCAUGGAAGUCCAGGAAGACAAAGAGACUGAAGGAGGAACAGAGACCGUAUCAGUGAUGGAGGCAGAUAAGGACAAAGAGGAAGAUGACAUGAUACAAGACCCUAACACUGUUGCUACUGCUUCAGAAACAGUAACACCUGAUGAAGUAGAUGAGACUGCCAUAUCAGUAGCUGAAGAGCCUCAGGAAAAGGACAUUGAAAUCCCCAAGCUCCAGAAAGCCACUGUCAUCUUAGUGGACCUAAAGACCUGCAGUCAUCUAAGUGUGAAGGAGGCAGAAGAAACACCAGCUGAUGGAGAGUGUUCUGCUCCAGAAAAGGAGCUGAUAUCAGCUGAAGAGAAGGACAUUUCUAGUUAUGUUGCAGAGGAACAAGCACCAGAGCCAAAAAUGCUGGUGUUGGAGGAGGAAGAUGGGGGGAAACAGGAAAACAAUACAGAAGAAUCUUUAGAUGCAACUGCAGAGGCAGAGACUGUUGAGAAGCAAGAGCUUGAAGAAGAUAGUUCUGAUAAAGAAAAGAAAGAAUCUGCCAAUGUGGAUGGGGAAAUGAGUGAAGCAGAGGAAGCACCAUUUGUUGAAGCAAGAGUUCUCAGAAGUGGAAGAAAGUUGGUGAAGGAAACCUAUCAGCAAUAUAAUAUUGGUGAUGUUGUUACUGAAAAGGAGGUGGAUGAAGCUGAACCAGGCAAUGGUGAGGUAGAAGGAGAGAAAGAAGUUACAGGCAAGGAUGCUGUGGCAGUAACAGUUCCAGUGGAGGAGAAACCGUCUGCAGAGAGUCUCUCAAAAAUAUGUGCAGAUACAGAGCCAGACAUUCCAGUAGUAGAUGACACUGAAGACAAUCUUCCACCAGCCGAGGGAGAUGACGCAAUAAGCUUGGAGGAGGACGAAACACCAGGUGGAACAAAGACACCAAGAUGCAAAACAACAAGAAAGCAAGCAGAUGAACAAGAAGCAGAAUCCAGUGAAGAAGAAGAGACAGCAGUGACAACAAGAACGCUGAGCAGAGGGAGGGAAUCUGCCUCUGCCACGCCUAAAGGCAAAUCCAGAAGAUCCCGUAAACAGGAAGAAGAGCAAAAGGGAGCAGAAGAAUCUAAAAAGAUCGAGGAAACAGGAGGGGAUGAGGGGAAAGCCCCAGAGGAGGAUCAAAUGGAGGUGGAGGAGGAGGAACCCCUUCCUGUAGAAGUUAAAGAAGCAUCUAUAGAAGAGAGAGGGGAAAAAAAUGAGAGAGAGAUAGAAGCUGUUUCUAAAAAAGAAGAAAGUGUAGAGCAGACAAUAGAUGUGGAAGAAGGGAAAGCUGUGGCAGAGGAAGGACAAUAUGUAGAGGAAGAGCAGUUAGAAGCCAUAGUGGCAUCUGCAGAAAAGACUCUCCAGGAAGAGGAAGAUGGACCAAAGGAAUCAGCUAAAGAAGCAGAGGUAGAAGAAGAAAAAGAAGAAAAGAAGAAGAAGAAGAAGAAGGGCUGCGGUCAGCCAAAGAGCCUCUAA